AUGGAGGUCGACUGCCCGAUCUGCAACAAACCAGUCAAGCAGCAGGACAUCAACAGCCAUCUGGACUCCGACUGCACGAAAUUCGUCGUCGAGAAGGGGUCGCCCCCCCCGGAGCACUCGCAGAACAGCUCCUCGCAGCCAGCGCAGAAACGGAAACCGUCGUCGUUUUUCUCGACGCCCGCGCCGAAGCGACAGAAUGCAGACGGCAAGGCCUUGACCCCAUUGGUGAACGGGACGAUACAGGCCUUCACCUCCAAGAAGAGGACCUACGAUGAGGGCCCCGGGUCUACUUCUCCCACUCCAGGGCCGGCACCUGGGGCUAAGAGCCAGGCUCCGGCCGAGGUUGGGGACGAAAAUGCCCCUCGAGUGAAGGAGGAGGAGAGAACGGCGAAGAAAUCGAGGACACACAAGGCUGCCCCGCUGGCGGAGAGGAUGAGGCCACAGUCAUUAGACGAGGUGUGCGGACAGGAGCUCGUGGGACCGAACGGCGUAUUGCGAUCGCUCAUCGAGUCGAAUAACGUACCGUCGAUGAUUCUCUGGGGCGGUUCGGGAACUGGGAAGACGACUAUUGCACGCUGUAUUGCCCAGGUGGUCGGAAGCCGCUUCGUCGAGUUGAAUGCUACGAGCACAGGCGUAUCCGAGUGCAAGAAGAUAUUCUCCGAGGCUGCCAACGACUCGGUACUCACGGGUCGCAGAACGAUUGUCUUCUGCGACGAGAUUCACCGGUUCAACAAGACCCAACAAGAUGUAUUUCUAAAGCCUGUUGAAGCUGGAACGGUCACUCUUAUCGGUGCCACAACCGAGAACCCUUCGUUCAAAGUCACACACGCACUUCUAUCGCGCUGUAGGACGUUUACUCUCAAGCCGUUAGAUACGGAAGAUAUUGUACGGAUAUUGCAACGGGCGAUCAAGAUGGAAGAGGACUCGUAUCCCCCUACUCCUCUGAUAGACGAAGAGAUGGUCAGGUACUUGGCCAGAUUCAGCGACGGUGACGCCCGCACAGCACUGAACCUCCUCGAGCUCGCCCUCUCGUUGACGAAAUCACGGCACGACAUCACCAAGGAGGACAUCAAAGCCUCCCUGACCAAGACCCUCGUCUACGACCGCGGCGGCGACCAGCACUACGACAACAUCUCCGCCUUCCACAAGUCCGUACGGGGCUCCGACGCCGACGCCGCGCUCUACUACCUCGCCCGCAUGCUCCAGUCCGGCGAGGACCCCCUCUUCAUUGCCCGGCGCAUGGUCGUCAUCGCCUCCGAGGACGUCGGCCUCGCGGACAACACCCUCCUGCCCCUCGCCACGGCGGCGUACACGGCCACCCAGCAGAUCGGCAUGCCCGAGGCCCGCAUCCCCCUCGCCCACUGCGCCAUCGCCCUCUGCGCCGCCCCCAAGAGCACCAGGGCCUACCGCGCCCUCAACAACGCCUUCUCCGCCCUCCGCGAGCCGGGAGUCGCCAGCCUGCCCGUGCCCCUCCACCUGCGCAACGCGCCCACGCGGCUGAUGCGCGAGAUGGGCUGCGGCGCCGAGUACAAGUACCCGCCCAACUAUCUGGACGGGAAGGUCAGCCAGACGUACCUCCCCGACGAGCUCCUGGGCAGGAAGUUCACCGAGGAGCGGGAUCUGGGGUUGGAGGUUGACCCGGACCUGAAGAUGGAGGAUGCGUGA